AUGCCCAACUGUCCUCGCUGCAACAAAGCUGUUUAUUUCGCCGAAAGAGUAACGUCGAUUGGAAAAGACUGGCAUCGUCCAUGUCUCAGAUGUGAAAAUGAAGCGUGUAAGAGGACUUUAGCUGCUGGCUCCCAUUCAGAGCGAGAUGGAAAGCCUUAUUGUAACAGAUGUUACGGUGCACUUUUCGGACCACGAGGAUAUGGCCAUGGUGGCGUCGAAUCCCACACAUUCCAUCACGGUCAAACUGGAAAGGUGUAG